AUGGAGUCAGAUGUUCGAUAUGAAACUCCAAGGAAGCCACCGGUCAAAAUUGUCGUCGCAGGAGCAAGUGGCUUGAUAGGGAAGAGACAUUUGCAACAUGUCGUCGAUGAGCCGGAAGCCGAGCUUGUUGCAAUCAUCCCUGUCUACCAUAGAGACCCCGACGUGCUCGGCCUCGAGCUUGCAAAUCAACACCAGCGUCCGUGCUUUCGGAAUGUGGCCGACUUUUUGGCUUCAUUGAGAGCUGGAGAGAUCUUGGCAGAUGCAGUCAUCCUGGCCACACCAAACAAUACACACGCACCUUUGGCCACAAAGCUCGUGGUAGCAGGCCUGGCAGUAUUGGUGGAAAAGCCAUUCACUGCGACGGGUGCCGAGGGACGCGAACUCUUGAAGGCCCGCAGUGAGGCCCCUUCCGGGAAGGCUGUGGUCAUGGUCGGUCAUCACCGAAGACACAACCCUUAUACCAUUGCUGUCAAACAGGCCAUUGAUGAAGGACGCCUUGGAAGGAUUGUUGCUAUCAAUGGAGUGUGGGCAAUGCGCAAGCCACCGGAAUAUUUUGCCAACCAUUGGCGGCGACAACUAGGUUCUGGAGGCGUUGUCUUGAACAAUGCAAUCCACGAAAUCGACAUCCUUCAAUAUCUACUAGGCAAUAUUGUUGAAGUCUACGCCGUAGAAGGCGUCAAAGAAAGGCCUCACCCGGUAGAUGAAACAGUCCUUGCUACUCUGAAAUUUGCCAGCGGCGCAGUGGGAUCUUUUUUGUUCUCCGACACCGCGAUCUCGCCACACUCUUGGGAAUCCGCGACCGGAGAGAAUCCUCACAUCCCGGCCGCCAACGAGACCUGCCUCACGAUCCUUGGCACGAAAGGAUCAGUAGGGAUUCCUUCAUUGACACGAUUCCAUCAAGACGAUCGUCCACACCAAGAGCAGAAUUGGUCUUUCCCGUUGACAAGAGACAACACCCUCAAAAGUCAGAUCGACAACGACGACACUCCACCCCUGGCCCGCCAACUCAAACAUUUCAUCGCCGCCGUGCGUGGUGAGGUCGAACCAAACUGCUCCGGCGAAGAUGGGUUGAGGGCAGUUAUGGUGGUUGAGGCGAUAUUGAAGAGUCUGGAGAAACAUGAACCUGUCACCGUUGAGCGGGUGUAA